GGUCUGUCUGUGAUUUUGAAUCGGGGAGGAAGUUUACAGCCGCGCGGACGGACUUCACUGAGUUCGGCUCGAGCUCGCGGUUCGUCACGCGCUCACAACCUCCGCUGGAAGUGCACGAUUCUAGAGCCUUCAACAUACAUGCGCAGACAGCAGAACGCCGCGCGCCUCUCCUCACGCAGCUGUUUCUUCCUUUUGCGAACCCGAAUCUGCGUGAACUCGGAACGUCAGCGGGGAUAUGGAUGUCAUCCCGAUGUGCAGCAUCUUCCAGGAGCUCCAGAUCGUGCACGACACGGGAUACUUCUCCGCUCUGCCGUCUCUGGAGGAGUACUGGCAGCAGACAUGCCUGGAGCUGGAACGAUACCUCCAGAGCGAGCCCUACGUCUCGGCCUCAGACCUGAAGUUUGAGAACCAGGAGGACCUGUGGAGCAAGUUGAUGCUCGCCUGCGGAGACAAUUCCACCAAGUCCGACCCAAAGAUCCCCCACAUCAAGGAGGAGGAAGACAAUCAGGACCAGCACCUUGAUGCCGGUGGCUUUAACUCCGACGCCAGCAGCGAGGCCUCGGACAGCUCGGAGGAGCUCUCCCCCACCCUCGACUUCGCCCCCGGCUCUUUGACUGACAUUCUGGCCGACAGCGGCGAAGACCUGGGCUCCGCCAUCAUCAGCACGCCGCCUUCCUCGCCCGAGCUUGGCAAGGAGGGCUCGGGAGUAACCCAGGUGUGGAGUGGGAUACAGACUGUGCUGCACUCACCUGGGAAAAUAAGAACUGGUGUAGUGGAAAGAUCUGGGCUGACCAGCGGGGAGGCAUCUCCUGAUGGGAAGAGGCGGGUGCACAGGUGUCACUUCAACGGCUGCAGGAAGGUGUAUACCAAGAGCUCGCACCUGAAAGCACACCAGCGCACACACACAGGGGAAAAGCCUUACAGGUGUUCAUGGGAGGGCUGUGACUGGCGCUUCGCACGGAGCGAUGAACUCACCCGGCACUUCAGGAAGCACACUGGAGCAAAGCCAUUUAAAUGCAGCCACUGUGACAGGUGUUUCUCCCGGUCCGACCACCUGGCGCUGCACAUGAAGAGGCACAUCUAAGGUGGCCUCCACUUUGACAGCUCGGAGGGCUGAUUCUGGUUGACCGUCCUGACCUGUCGGGGUUCAGCGAGGCCAGUCUGUCCUGGUAGAGUUAACAGGGGCACCGCCAUGUUCCAGUCAGUGGAAAAAGAUGAAGCAAGGCAGGCUUUUAUUUGCACCAUACUUAGUGCCUCCAACACCUCGCUGUGGAGAUUGCUCUGGAAAAGGCUUUUUCAAAAGAAGCAGGAGGGCAAAGAGAGACUUCGGAGGGUGGGGAGGGGAGGAAAAUGGGAAAAAUCUUGGCUGGAGAAGAUGGAAAGAGACUCUUCUGUAUGGUGUUCAAUGCUUUUUACAUUUCUUUUUCCUGGAGGAUUUUGGGGUCUCCAAGGUUGGGGGCACCAUUCCUCUGCUGACAGUGUGUUUGCCUGUGUGCGUGAAACUGUGAGUGCCUGAGACUGGAUACCUGUGCUGGCUUUAGGGCUUGGAUGAGGCUUGCAUUGUGGAACUGUGAGUGAAUGACAUGGAUGAUGGGAUGUUUUCCAUUUUCUUUUUUAUUUUGAGGGGAGGGGGAUAUGUGUCGUCUCACCAGGAAUGAAUGCAAGUAAAAGGUUCUGCUUGUGUCAGUUAAGUCAGUUCACAAUGGCGGGGAGUAGGAGGGGAGGUGGGGUUGGCUUGGGUAAAAAGCUGCACCCGGUCUGUGUGGAGGUGGAACUACAGCUCCCUAUCCAAAAAUGGGAGGUUGUUUCGUUUUAGUGCAGCUACUAUAUGUGCAAUGUAUUGCAUAGCCUGUCUCAAAACAUAUUCAUUAUACAGCGCAUUUUGAUUCCCAUUAUGCAAGCCUUCCAUGUUAAAAGUAAAGAAAACCCACACAAACAAGUAGCACCACUAUAACACAAAUUGCAUGGUGUCUGGGGAUGUGUUGCUCACUUGUCUGCUGAAAGGACAACAGAUUUCCAUUCAGUAACAGCUACCCUCAUUAUACUCAGUAUCAUAGUCUUGUACAACACAGAUAAGGCCGUCUUCUUGUUGGUCAGAUUUUCUUGAAGCGUUGGGGAUACCACUAUUUUUUAGCUACUGUCUCUAUCUGCACAUUUUGCUUCCUUCUUUGGUUCCAUCUGUAAAUGCACUGUCGACUUUACUGAUGCCUUAUGUAAGUGGCCUUGUCUCGUCAAACAGAUCACUCCCUCACACACAGGACCGUUACAGUUGUUACUAAAUAGCUUUAUAAAGGCUCUGAUCUAAACAGUUGCUCCCUUUUUUCUAUAGUUUUCUCACCCCAUUGAGAGAGUAGUGCGAUAGACGAACUCUCCACUUUUACACCACUGUAUGCUCUUUGUCCAAUACGGCAUCCUUGGUUUUUAUACUCCAUAAUAAUCCAGAUCUGAUACAGAAUCAUGGAAUUAUUAGGAAAAAAAAGCAACUCAAGUUUAAAAUGCUUUACUACUGUGUAGUAUCAGGUAGAGCAGCUGUAUUGUAGAGAAGCUGUUGCUUGCUGUAAAAUGGUACAAAACCUUGGAAGUGUGUUCUCAUAAAGUGUCAGUUGCCGAGGCAGUGGCAACUACAAACUUGCAGCAUAGGAAAGGUUUGCGUCAUAACCGGUUAGGUCAGUCGAUGGGUCAUAAGAGUUUAUGUUGGGAGGAAAGAAGACGGCGGUUUCUGUCAGGUAUUUGGUUUCGUCCCGCUCUCAGAGUCAGUCAGUACCUUUCCUCCUUCAAACAACCCUUAUCUUAACUAACGGUACCAAGACCAGUCCAACCAGUUCAGCAGAGCUGUGGGUCCCUGGGUUUCUGUCCCGCUAGCUAAAGAUCAACCCAUUGUCACUAUGUGCAUGUUUUAACUCACAUUACAGGAAUCCACUUGAGUCAUUUUCCCUCCUUUUCAGUUACUUCUACUUAGAGGAACUUUGAUAGGAUGUCAACAUCCCUGGACCUGUUCAGGUCAACCUGUUGUAGAAGGCUGUUUGGCGUCUUUUUACACUGAAAAUGUCCUCGAUGCCAAGUUGUGUCGACUUGUAAACUAAUUUUUUUAAGGAAGCUUCUAUUUUAAAUGGACACGGGACCAAAAAAAGGACAAACAAGUGCGACGUGAUGUUCCUAAAA